GCGCCCUCUACCACUUUAUAACGAGGUUAUUAUCGAAAACCCGACGAUCGUACACUUGUAGAAAAAUUGGCAAAAUGGCUUCGUUGUGUGGAAGAAUCGCUUCUUCUGCGGUGCGAAAAAAUGUCCUGUGCUCCAGCUACAGGUUCUCCUCCAAAGUGUCAUCUAUGGGAGACCCAGUGGAGCAUGCGACUGGUCUGGAGAAACGUGAAAUUCUCGCCAAAGUAGCUGGUAACGAAAAUCCAUUCGAUUUGAAAGUCCUCAAGCGCGGAGUUGGUACCAAAGAUACACCCAAUGAAAUCCCAUCAGCAUUCGAUGCACGUUUGGUAGGCUGCAUAUGUGAAGAGGAGGCCACUUGCAUAAACUGGAUGUGGCUGCACAAGGGGGAACCGAAGAGGUGCGAAUGUGGACACUGGUUCAACCUUGUACACAAAGCCCCAGUAUAAAUAAUUUAAAUACAAUGAAGCACUGUGCUUAGCGUAAUAUAGCAGUUUUAAUGUAAUAAAUUUAUGUUCUUAUA